ACAAAAGAUCCUACACGACACAACAACGCUGCUGCGCCUUGAUUUGGAUGACGACGACUUCGUCUGUGGUCUGUGGCAAAGCAAGGACCAAGGGCAAAGAGUAAAGCUUGUGUUGUUGUGUUGAGGGGUUUGCCAGCUGGCUAGCUAUCUGGAAUCCCAUCAAUCCUGUCUUUGGUCCCACUGGCUUCAGUAUUGAGUCUUUGUUGCUGACUUAGUUUGAUUGGAAGCGUUGGUUGUUGCUAUCAGAACAAUCUGCAUCCUCUGUUGGACACAUUUGGUAUCGCUCCUGCUGUCAUCCAACAAGCCAACAAGCAUAUCAAUCUCGCCCCGCCCUCUCUUGACGGCAAUGCUGUUUUCAAGCUGAUCCAAUCCAAUCUGCUACGGUACACACUAGACUACAGGAGACGACCCAACUCGGGAAUUUGGUUGCUUUACGAUCAGGGAGACAAGAGAAUCCAAUCUACUGUACAUCCUGACAAUUGAGAGUUCACAUAUCAUAUCAAUACAAGAUGAGACAACGAGCGGCAGUGGCUGCGACUCCCCCGCGAUCAGCCGAAAGCGACCAUGGACAAUGGCAACAUCAACCGCGGCAACGAUCUAGCUAUCAUCAUCCAGCAGAUUCUCGAUCCCUGUCAGUACGCCAGUUGGACACUGGAGCCGAUGGCAUUGUCACCGAUGGAACUGUUGCUGCUGCUGAGGCCGUGCGUCGAAGACGAGGUCAUCCGCUCACGAAUCAAACCAAUCAUUUCCACCAGACAGCGACCACCGUAGAGCGACAUUCGCCACAACACUACAUGGCCGAGUACAACAAAAACUACGGACUAGACAUAACGACGUCUGCCAGUGUCGAAUCCAUCACGGCACCGCACAGCACGGGAGGUAUACCUACCAUCAGUACUACGAGUACGAGUAGUGCUGCUACCUACACACACCACGGGGCAACAGGGUACAGCAGCACGGCGGCUUCGGAAAUCUAUUACAACCAAUAUUAUGGCAGCAAUCAUCAGCAGCAUCACAAUAAUAACCACCAGCAUCAUUCGAGAUCAUCGUCCUAUGAUGAAAAUAACCCCGCGUUACGGAGAAACAGCGCAUCGCUACCCAACGCCCACAAGUUGUCCUUUCAACAUUUCGAACGCUCCUUUCACAUGGAUCCCAAUCCAUUGGCGGCGGUACAUUUCCGAACGGCCCUCCACGUACCCGACAACCAGUAUCGGGCAUUCUUGCACGGAAAGGGACGAGACACCACGCCCGUCUUAAAUCCCAUUUGUUGUGCCAACACAUGUGCCGGUUUUUCAUUUGUGGGAUUCCUCUUUUUGGUCUUUAUUGGCAUCUUGUUGGAUACACAGCCGUUAUUCAUUUCGGGAACACUUCCCUCGGCCAUUAAAGAAUACGAUGGAGGCAAGACGGCAACCAUUUAUUUUGUCACGGCAGAGCGAUUGCCAUCGUCAUCCAAUGCCUAUCAGGCGUCUUUUGCCUAUCUGGCCACCCUGCUGGCAUGUCUCUACUACGUACAUAACGAGCGGCUCGACAAACGACGAGCUUACCAAGAUAUCCCCGACGCUGCGUCAACCGCUGGUAUGGUCGGUGGCGACGUCUUGCCCGAAGUAGUCAUGAAUACGGCAACCGGCGAACCGGGAUAUCGUGUUUCGGCUUGGAAUCGAUUGGCCAGUGCCACCGUCACCGUUCGAGCACGGGAGUGGGUAGGUGCCGCUGCGGCAAGAAUCUGGAAUGGAAGAGGAGCACCCAACAAUCCUCGUGCCGGACGCAAAAUGCGGACCAAAACUUGUGCCAAGACUGUUUAGAUGGAAUGGAAUGGAAGACAAUAUUAUAAUAUGAUUUGGAGAGAGGCGAAAAGGGCCAAAAGCUGCGAAACUUGCUACUAGAGAAACUAAUAAUAAGCCGUCCAAGAGACAGUUUAUCGAAACGAAACAAAAUGCAACAACCGCACAAAGGGGCUCAACAAGCUGUAGCCCUGGCUACUAGUAGUUUGGGGGCCUCUGAACGGGAGGGUGGGUCUUGGUUUUCCAACCGAGCCAUGGUAUCCCCACGAAGUCACUUUGUUACCUGUACCGGAAGACCUAUUAGGGAAGGAAACUCGAAAGAAGUCGCUAUACCGGUAGGAACGCCUGGCUAGCAAAAAUUAACUCACGCUAGCUAGUGUCUUCAGUUGACUGUUC